UCUGUACCCUGGGCGGGUGAGCCAAGAGCCAAUGAGAGGAGGACGAGGGGGGGAGAGUGGGAAAAGUUCUGGCCUACACAGUUGUGCUCCCACUACAGUUUCGCUCGGUGACCUACAGACACACACAAAAAUGGAGAGGACACAGAUAAAGAAAGAGCAAGAUAAGGGGAAGACGGAGGAGGAGGCGGUGCGCCUUCGGAGGCAGAUUGGGCUGCUGCCUGCUGUGUCCUUCAUCAUUGGGACGGUGGUUGGCAGUGGGAUCUUUAUCGCUCCGAAGGGAGUGUUGAUGAACAGUGGCAGCGUGGGGCUGUCUCUGCUGGUGUGGGCGCUGUGUGGCCUCCUGUCCCUGUUUGGGGCCUUAUGUUAUGCUGAACUAGGAACCACUUUCACAAAAUCCGGAGGUCACUACACUUAUCUGCUGGAGACACUGGGGCCCCUACCGGCCUUCUUAAGACUCUGGGUUGAGUUCCUAUUUAUAAGACCAGCUGUGGCGUCCUAUGUCUCCCUAGCUUUUGGACGUUACAUUGUUGAACCUUUAUUUGCACCUUGUCCUGCUCCUUCAGCACUAAUCAAACUCGUCAGUAUCCUCGGAGUGACAUUUGUUGUUGCAGUUAACUGCUGGAGCGUAAACUUGGCCUCCCGCACUCAGGUCAUCUUGACCUUCAUUAAGAUGUUUGCCCUGGUACUCAUAAUUAUUCCUGGGGUCAUAGCUCUAGCAAAAGGAAAGACAGAAAAUUUCCAGAAUGGAUUUGAGUUGGAGUCCAUAACUCUGGAUAGGCUGCCACUGGCUUUCUAUAAUGGUUUAUAUGCAUACGGUGGAUGGUUUUAUCUGAACUUUGUCACAGAAGAAGUAAUAAAUCCAAAUAGAAACAUCCCUUUGGCAAUAAUCUGCUCCAUGGUGACGGUGACGGUGUUUUAUGUGCUUGUAAAUGUGGCCUACUACACCAUGAUGACGCCCGCUGAGCUGCUGCUGUCUGACGCAGUGGCUGUGACAUUUGCAAACCGGGCUCUUCAGGGCCUGGCCUCAGUGAUUCCCAUUCUGGUCGCUCUAUCUUGCCUUGGAGCUCUCAAUGGCGGCUUCUUCGGGUCACCCAGGAUGCUGUUUGUGGGUGCCAGAGAAGGCCACUGGCCACCGAUCUUUUCCAUGAUACAUAUCCGACAACGCACACCUUUACCUGCAGUGCUCCUCCUGUAUCCAUUGGUGGUGGUGAUGUUAAUCACUGGGGAAAUCUACCAGCUCAUCAACUUUGCCUCUUUUUCACGCUGGUUCUUCAUCGCCCUGGCAACCUUGGGCAUGCUCAUCCAUCGAUACCGCUUCCCCCACCACCCCAGGCCCUUCAAGGUCCCUUUGGUCAUUGCGGUCACCUUCACAGUGGUUUGCUUCUUCAUUGUUGGUCUCUCGCUUUAUUCGGACCCCUGGAACACGGGGCAGAGCUGUGCCCUCACUCUAACAGGAGUUCCAGUUUACUACAUGACUGUCCACCGCUUUCGGGUGCCACGUAGAUUAACGCACAUUUUCAAUUAUUGCAGCAAGCAGUUGCAGAUCCUACUGGAAGUGGUUCAACAAGACGUCCAGACAUACUGAAGACAGUUAAGACAUUUAAGUUUCCACUGACUAUCUUUGUGGAUUACAUCUUUCUUAGAGAGUCCAAACUAACUAAAACACCUCUUUUUGUACAAGAAAACAUUAAAAAGAAUAUUUGUAACA